AUGGCAGUGGUUGAGAAUGGAAGACCUAUAGAGAGUGUCAAAGACAGGCCCAAUGGGCACGCUGUAGGUCCGCCUGCACGGCGACCUGCUCACCAGCGUUACCGCAGGAGCUGGACCUCCUGGCUAUUCAACAACUCAGCAAGGCUUGCCAUAUGGUACUGCCUCUUCACAAUCCUGUUCAGCUGUCCCUCUACUCGGACUGCCCUCACCGAUACCUCUCCGCGAAUAUGUGGACCAUACCUUUCCGCAAAGGAAUACAUCCAACCUCAUCUGCAACCAUAUUACGAUGAAUAUGCAGCUCCGUACGUUACCAAAGCCGAGCCAUAUGCACACCUAGUGAAUAGCCGCGUGGUGCGGCCUGCGACCAAAAUUGCCGUGGUCAACUAUGAGAAAUAUGCCGCUCCGCAGUUCGAUGCUGCGAAGGCCUACUCUCAAGCGCAAUGGGACAAAACUAUUAUGCCUCAGGUCAAUCUCGCUCGGGGAAAUGCUGUCAGGUUCUAUGAGAAGCAUGUAGGACCUCAUGUUGACCAGGUUGUGGCGUUGGCUGGUCCUUACUACACCCCGGCACGGGAUCAGGUCUAUCAAGUAUACCGACAGCAUCUUCUUCCGGCAAUGGAAUACACCCAGCCACAUCUCCACAAAGCAUACAAUUUCUGUCAAGACUUUGCACUGAACACCGCGUAUCCUGUUCUGCGACAUGCUUGGUCAGACCUGGUUAUUUUCAUGGACGGCACUUUCUGGCCCUUUGUGAAGGGUCUUUACAGCGACAACGUUAGGCCUCAGCUGGUCAUGAUCAAUGAGAGGAUUGCCAAGUAUCGAGAGAGCCGCCAGUUGAAGGCCGCCAUGGAUGAGGUAGAUAGCACCCAGUCGACCUUCACGGCCUCUGCGACUUCAACCGCAACCACCGGCAUCCUGGAUGAUGUGUAUGCUAUGUUUGAGUCGGAAGAUGAAGCAGAGUCCUCUACUACGACCACGUCCCAACAAGCUCAAUCGACUCUUCAAGAACGAGUGAAACGGCCAAUUGAACAUGCUACAGAAGAACAAAUCACAGAGGAUCUUCGAAGCUGGCAAAAGAAAUUUGCUGUGGCGGCAGAUAAGGGUAGCGAUGACCUUCGCGAGCGGGUCAUCUCCAUCGUCGGUAGUCUUGUCACGAGCGACAUUGACGGAGUCGGUCGAGGAUUGGCCAAAGCUUUGGAGAAGACGGCGGAAAAUGAGUUGGAGAAGGUCAAAUCGAAAAUAAAGUCAACUGUCGCUUCCCUUCCUGCCGAUGCGAGUGCACAGACAGUGAAAAAGGCGGCAGAAGAUAUUCUCGGGUCCAUCCGAUCCUCAGGCACUGAGAUAAAGGAACGCGCCCGGAAUGUCCGUGACUGGUCUAGGAACUUUGAGCAAGGCUUGAUACAGAGACUGGAAGCCGCCUCCGCGUCCACUCUGGAGGUCUUGGAUGGAAUAAAGGACAUCGGGCUCCAAGAAGUUGGAAUGCGCUGGGCCUGGAUGGAAGGAGUCACCUACAAACAUUGGGAGAAGUUCCAUGAGGUCCGGAAGACGCUCGACGAAUGGAAAACUGAGGUCAAAGACGUUGCCAUGAAGAGCCCAGAGGCGGAAGAAGCAAUUGCCACGGCACGACAAAUCCUGGAAGAAAGCAUGGCAAUUACUGAAGAUGCCGCAAAAGAACUGGUGAGGCUCAAAAGCGUUGCUCAGUGGAAGCUGAAAGCCCGCGAUUCCUCAGAUGAUUUCGAGACUCGAAGUAUGCCCGCAGAAGCUGUUUCAGCAGCUUCUAGUCUGGUUGCUGAGCUUCGAGACGCACCCUCAGCAGCGGCGGAGUCCGUCAGCUCUAUUCUCGCAGAAGGGAGUGCCGCUGCUACCGAGGCGGUCUCGUCUGCAUCCUCUGCAGUCGUGGGCACCACUACCGGCGCCAUCGAGUCUGUGACGUCCAAAGUUGAUGAAGCUGCAGAUGACGCACUUUCGUCCGUCUCCUCCAUUUUGGACUCUUCUAUCGUGGAGCCUGUUGGGUCACUUGAGUCUGAUAUUAGCGCCACGGCUGGAGAUGUGUAUGAUUCUGCAUCUUCGGCCGUCAUUGGAAGUGUCCCUGGGACUGCCGAGUUCAUCCUUUCUGACGCCUCGGAGACGGGCUCAGACUUCACGGAAGACGUGAUGGAGUCGGCGAGCUCGACAUCAUCGACGGUGGAAUUCAUCGCUUCACCCUCAUCAGAUGAACUCUCCUCCGCCUCCGCCGCCGUAGAUUCAGCAAGCACGAGAGCAGCAAAAGUCUUUGCAGGCGCUAUGGCCGCAGAGGUGAAGGGCUCUGUACCUAUUCUGGAUGACAUAUUUGACAACAACGAGUCGACAUUCUCCGAGAGUGUCCAGAGCGUGAUCAACCAAGCAGGCGAUCGCUAUGCAGAGGUUACUCGCGCGGUAUCUGAAGCCAUGUUCGGAACACCUCAAGGCACAGUAGAAAGCAUCACAUCUGUGGCGAGUGAGCAGUAUGCCAGCGCUUUAGCUGCAGCUUCCAAUAUCUUGUAUGGUACCCCUACUGGCACGGCUGAAAGCGUCGCAGGAGUCGCGUCUGAAAAGUAUGAGCAAGCUGUGGCUGCUGCGAGCUCAAUCAUCUUUGGUACGCCAACCCCUGUCACGGAGUCAUUGCUUCACAAGGCCAGCUCCCUCUACAGCGAGGCUAUCAGCAGAGCGGAAGAUAAUUACCACGCCGCAAAAUCGAUUGCUUCUCAACAGAUAUCCGGCACUCCGAAACCUAUUCAUGAGCAAAUGUUCUCUUCGAUUGAGUCGGCCUAUUCUGGUGCCGUGGCUGCCGCGAGUGACAGACUCGAAUCUGCUCGAAGUUCGGCCUCGAGUGUGCUUCCAGAGACUAAACCCCUUGAAUCUGUGUCGUCGAUGGCAUCGUCAAUACUGCAAGACUCUCUGGCCGCCGCUUCGGCUCAAUACUCGAAGGCGAAGGCUGCUGUUGGAGCCACUCCCACACCGGCUCGUGCAAGAUAUCUCCAAGAAGCAAGGAAGAACUACUAUGCCGCUGUUGGAUUGGCGCACGAGCAGUACGAUGACUUUGUUGCGGCGGCUUCCAGCGCAAUUUAUGGGACGCCAACACCCGUGUUGAGUAGCAUGUCAAGCGCUAUUUCGUUUGGAGUUUAUGGAACGCCGGUGCCUGCAUACCAAAGCUUCCUCGACGCAGCCGCUUCGCAAUAUUCGGAGGCCUCAUCAGCAGCCGCUUCCAGCUUGGACUCGUUCAGAUCUGCCUCGGGUACAACUGUUCAGAGCCUCUGGGACGAAGCUGUGGCGGCUUAUUCAAGUGCUGUUGACGCAGCCUCAUCAUCGCUGUCUUCGGCAUCACAUGCUGCAAGCACUGCUGUCUACGGCACUCCUGCGCCAUUCUAUCAGACCGCUUUGGAUGCGGCGUCGUCACAGUACGAGAUUGCCUCCUCCGCAGCCGCUUCUCAUAUGUCAGAACUGCUCGAGUCAGCGUCCUCUGCCCUUGGUAAGGAAGAGACCUCUCCAGCACAGAGCAUUCUUGAUUCUAUCUCGUCACAAUAUGAUGGGGCCAUUUCUGCCGCCUCUUCAUCUCUCUCCGCAGCCAGCUAUGCGGCGAGCACCGCCAUUUACGGCACGCCCGCCCCAUACUAUCAAAGUGUUCUGGAUGCAGCGUCGUCUCAUUACGGAGCAGCAUCCUCAGCGGCCGCUUCUCAAAUGUCCGCGUUGCUGGACUCGGCCUCCUCCGCUAUGGGCACGGAGGAGACAUCCCCGGCGCAGAGUGUUAUGAAUUCUAUCUCUUCGCAGUAUGAUGCUGCCAUCGCUGCCGCUUCUUCAUCUCUCGCUGCGGCUAGCUACGCGGCAAGUACGGCCGUCUACGGUCCUCCAACCGGCUCCGUUCAAUCAAUCUCCAGCGUGGCAUCUGAGAACUGGCAAGCUCUCGUCGCCAAAGCUAGCGAACAAAUCUAUGGCACUCCCAAGCCCUUCUAUGAAGAUUUUGCUUCCCAAGCUGGAGAAUAUUCUGCCCAGGCCACGGACUUUGCGAACGAUAAAUACGUCAUUAUCCAAUCCUAUGUCUCGGAGCUGAUCGUGGGCAAGGAGCCCGAUUUCACCGAAUCGGUCAUGAGUCGCCUCAGCUCCGCCUACUAUACGGGCUACAGCUCAGCUUCGAGUCUGGCGAGCGAAGCUUACGACUCGGCAUCGUCCAUGGCUUCUUCUGUCUCGUCCGUUGCAUCAUCUUAUUUCACCCCUCCCCCUGAGGUCUCUUCCAUUCUGGAUUCCGUGACGGGACAGCUGAAUGCUGCUGUCGACGCAGCAAGUGCACAGAUUUAUGGCACACAAAAGGGAACCAUCGAACAAGCAACUUCCGCCGUCGCCGACAGCUACUCCUCGGCCAGCGCGGCAGUUAGUGAAGCAAUCUACGGUACCCCCGUCGGCUACGCGGAAGCUGCAUCGUCCUCAUUUGCAGACUUGGCCAAGAGUGCGCAGGAUGCCGUAAGCGUUGCUAUCUACGGCACGCCCACGGGUACAGUUGAAUCUUUGACCAGCGCUGCGGCUGACACAUACGCAUGGGCAUCGUCCAUCGUUUCCGAGAAUGGGGCGGCGGCAGCUUCUGCAGCCAGCGAUGGUGUCGAGAGCCUCACCGCCAUGGUUUCCGAGGCCAUCUAUGGGCCUGAACAGAGCUACAUGGAGAGCAUCAAUUCACAGAUCCUCGAAGCCGCGAGCAGUGCCAGCAGCAGGAUCGCCGCCAUGGCAAAUGAAGUCAGUGACGGCGCGGCCGGGGCGGCGAGUGCCGUGAGCGAAAGUGUGGAGAGCAUCGCCAGCGCAGUGAGUGAGACGGCGAGCAGCGCGACCAAGUAUGUGAAGGACGAGUUGUGA